GCCGUUGGCACCGAUUCUUGCGGCGGGGGAUGGGCGGCGGGGGUGGGUGGGUGCACACCGACCUGCUCGCCUGGGCGAGGGAGGUGCGCUGGCUGCUGUUGUUGGAGAUCGGGGCCGAGAAGCCACUCGUAUCUUGCCCCGUGCCGUGUGCUUCUGACUGCACGAUGCGUGUGGCUAUAUAACAGAAUGUUGCCGUUUGUGUGGCGUCAAGUGAUUUUUUUUGUGAUCCGCCAACGUCGUCUAAUUUGAGGAUGAGCGCGCAUGUGCACCAUCCGCUUGACUCUGCGU